AUGCUGCUACACUGCCAACCUUUGAAGUACAACUAUACGAUACCCUUGGAGAACCCUCGUUACUGCUUCACGCUGAGAUCAUUUCGCAUUACCGUGGCGUCAGUUGGAAUUGCACUAGACGGCCUCAUCUGGAUACUGCCUCAUUGCGUUGUUUGGAGACUGCAGCUUCGCCUAACGAGCAAGCUUGCAAUCACGGCCAUCUUCGCUUUGGGUUUGCUCAGCAUCGUCAUCGGCGGACUCCGCAUCAACUCGUUUGCAAAUGUGGACCUGGGCGACAUAACAUUCGGUAUAGGCGCCACAUUGAUAUGGUCCAUCACCCAGAUAAGCACUGGGAUUAUAGUCGCCUGCUGUCCGUAUUUGCGCCCUGUGUUUGAAAAAAUGCUAUCGUGCAGGCUCACUCGCCCCACCACCCGCAGGUCGCAGAUUUCACACAGCAGGCAGUCCUCAAUAACAGUAACCACAAGCAUCUGUCUCCAAGACAGCUUGCAGGCACCGCCGCCACAAGGUACCUUCCAUGAUGGUCAUCAGGAACCGUGGGCUCCAACGUUUGAUGUUGAACGGGGGCCAGCAUCGGAGUUUCAAAAGGCCGGGACUUGCUGUGGCGACUCUCCAAGCUGUGGCUGUCUUUGA